CAGUUUUCUGGGCCACGUCAACGAAGUAAUCAUGGCGGAAGAAAACGAUAAAGAAGUCAAAGAAGAGAAGAAAGGCAAAGACAAACGCCAAAAACAAAAACCUAUUACAUCUAAAGUCACAAAGAGUUCAUUCACUCACAAAUAUUUAGCAUGCCACCUGAAAAUGCACACAGGAAGGGUUACCGGCUUCGAUUGGAGUUUCAAUGAAAAGUUAGUGGCAACAACCGGUGAUGAUCGAAGCAUUGGCUUAUGGAUUCUUCAAGGCGUUCGAGAUGAGGAUAAUAAACAACCUCUCAAAUCCAUAAAGGUCAAUGUUGAAUUAGAUGACGCUGUAAAAAUCCGAUUCUAUCCGGACGAUAAGGCAUUUUUCGUGAAUUUGUACAAUGACAAUUCCAUUCGAGGCUUUAAAAUUACUAAAAAGGAUAAAGGAUCCUAUACAGCUACUGCUGCCCUGGAUUUCAAAACAGGCCAUGAAGGUGAAAUAACAGAUAUGGGUAUUUCAUCUAAUGGAAAGUUCCUCUUUACCUCGGACAACGGUACAAAUAUCAGAGUUUGGGCUCCAAAAGGAGAAUUACUUGAAUCUAUUGAUUCAAAACAAAUUAAGAAUAAUCACACGGCUGUAUCAACAUGUGGAAGAUUUAUUGCUACAUGCGGAUUUACACCGGAUGUAAAGGUUUGGGAAGUUGUCUUUACAAAAAAUGGCGAAUUUCAACAGGUUGUAAGAGCCUUUGAGUUAAAGGGACAUAGAGCUGCUGUUUACAAUUUCAGCUUUUCUGCUGGAACGGAAAGGAUGGCCACAGUGUCAAAGGAUGGUACGUGGAGAUUAUGGGAUACGAAUGUUGAUUAUAAGCAACAACAGGAUCCCUACUUGCUACAAACUAGAGAACUUGAUGGAAUUACUUUUUCCUCUCGAAUAGCCUUAACACCCGAUGGUCUAACUGUAGCCAUUACAAGAGGUGGUUCUAUAUCAAUUUUCUCCGCCAAAAACGGAGAAUUACUCGAAGAGAUACGAGAUAUCUUUGCCGGUGAUAUUACAGAGAUCUCAUUUUCUCGAGAUGGUAUGUUUCUGGGAGCAUGCGGAGAUCGCGUCCUCUCUCUAUUUCAUAAUAUUCCUGGUGUUCGAGCUAAAAUAAAAGACUUUGAAGAACUAAACAAAAAAGCAACCGGUGCCUUGGCUGAGAGGCUAAGAAAACAAAUUAAAGAAUGCUCGAAAAAGUUAGAAAAAUAUGAGUAA